UUCCCCCCACCAAUCGCUUCACCUUUUAUUGCGAAAAAGAAAGAGAUGCACUGUGUACUAAGUUCAAGACAACGGUUAAUAUAAAGUCUGAUUUUUAUGUUUUUUAAGAAUUAAGCACUGGGAUAUUUAUUGACCGGAGCCUGUAUGCAAGUUUGAUUGUUUUGAGUGGAAGGGUCCUAAUGGUCUAAUAGAGCAUUAUUAGGAAUUUGAACCAAUGAAAAGCUGCUUACCUUGGCCAAUGAUUUUAUAACAGGUUAAUCUUUAUUCAUUAGUUCCAAUGCUUAAACAGUACCAAAACUCAAAUCUUAUUGGCUUCAAGGAUCUACUUUUUGAGCACUAGACUUUGUUGUCAAUUUUCAGUCAAUCGGAAUUACUAUCUCGGUUUAGUGCUAUUUUUGUUGGCAAUUUUCCUUGAGGCCACACAAUUCCCUUAAUUCUCUGCUUGCGGAGUUCUUGAACUAAAGUCGCGAAUACAAUCAAAGAAUCGCGUUCCAUGUACAAAGUCGUGUUGAACUUGCCCAAGCAUAAUUUGCAGCAAACCUGUGCAUUUUUCUUCGCUCUGACAACAAUGGAUUUUCCAUUUUUUCUGCUAUAAACCGUCUUGCAAUCUACAUAGAAAUCAGUAAUCUACGUACUAAUUAGCAGGAAAAUUUGUAAUAAGAAAAAAGUGGAUAGACCUGGAUCCGGAAAACAAAAAUGGUGGCUGCGUCUGGAAUUAAUGCCUUCGCCAAAGAGAUAGCCAUUCGCAAACGCAUUGCCAACAUGUAUAAUGAAAGAGAAGAGGAUUUUGCAUCAUUGAGGGAAUACAAUGAUUACUUGGAAGAAGUAGAGGAUAUGAUUUUUAAUUUAAUUGAAGGAGUAGACGUUCCUGCCAUUGAAGCAAAGAUUGCUGAGUACCAGAGAGAAAAUGCUGAACAAAUCAUGAAUGCUCAUGCUCGCAAAGUUUCACAAAUUUGUCUUUGCAUAACAUUAUACUCCAACAAUAGUUAGUUCGAUCUGAAUGCUAUAUGAUAUAUGUUUGUUUCUUUGAUCAAAUAGGCUGACGAAUAUGCAGCAGCUCUGGCAGCAAGCAAGGGACAACCUGCACAGACGGGUGUUGAUUUGUCUUCAAUCUCUCAAGAAGGGACCGGAACUAGUGCUUAGGGACAAUAUGGCCCGGCUAUAGCUGGGACUGUGCAGCCACGUCCAACAGGCACGGCCCCUCAACCCAGCCCAGUUGGGUCGGGUCAUGACAUGCUAGGACUUUAAAGUGUUGAUGAAGAAAAAAUGAAACUCCGAGCUGAAAAGGCUGCAAAGGCAGGAGGGUGGAGUACAGAAAUAAGCAAGAAAUGGGCACUCGAAGAAGCAUUUGCAAGCAUUUGGAUAUGAUGUUUCCUUUCUAUUAUCAACUAGCUUUUAAAUUGUGUCAAGUCUUGCUAAAGAAAAGCUUUGGUUUGUCUGAACUUUGGAAGAAUUAUGAUGAAUUGAGUGGAGAGUAUCUGUUGGAUUCUUCGGUAUUCCACGUUUCUGAAAAAUGCCCAAGUGAAGCAGCAUUUGCCAUUUAUAGUGAAUUUUUAGUAGUUUGAACUAUGAUUUGAUUUUUGAAAUUUUUUAGCUGUUUUUGGUUGUAUAGAGAGGCUGAUAGGCUCCUAUCCACCCGCACCCAUUCUAGAAGGCUCCAAAAGAAGAAAAAACGUGCAAGUGGGUGGAAAUACCAGAAUCUUUAGAGAGGAGGGAAGGGUUUGUUAGAAGUUGGCUAUAAAUAUAGGUAGAAAUUAGCCAUAUGGGAGAGGAUGGAGAGAGUAUUAGAGUGGUUACUGUUCUUGUUCUCAGCUACAGCCUUCUAUAGGCUUUUGUUAUCAUUUCAAUUCCUAUAAUUGUUUUUAUUUCAAUAAAAUGUCCCUUAUUUAGCAUUUGAUCUUGUUCAUUCCAGUCGGUAUCUUAUCAAUUGAUAUCAGAGCGAUCGAUUCUGGGACUAAGGGAAACUAUUCAGCAGCAGAGAAUCAAAAGAGAGUUUGAGCUUGAUAAGGAGUGAAUCGGAGAAGAUGGUGAUGCAACAGAAAGAAAGUCGAGCCGUUGAUUCAGGGUUGGAUUCAUGUAGCCGAUUCAACACACAGAUAUUCUAUGGGGAUAAGUUAGAUUUGUGGCUGUUUGAGGCAGAGCAAUGCAUAAACAUGAAUCGAAACUUACUGGAGAGGGAGAAGGUAGAAGCCGCAGUCGCUUGCUUCCUUGGAGAGGCUUGGGCAUGGUUUCAAGAGAUAGACUACUACUUUCCGAUACAAACCUGGGAAGAAUUGAAGGCGUUGACGUUGACUCGAUUCCAUGAGGAGCAAAUCUCCAUUGUUGAAGAAAUUCCAGAAGGUAAGCCGGGGAGGGUGGUUAACUGGAUGACAGCACUUUGGGAGACAAAGAAUGAACGGCCACCACCGUCGGAAGAAGAGGAGAAGUAUGAGUUUCGAUUUUCAAAAUUUCCACUGGCGCUAGAAGGAGGGAAGACUAGUGUGACGGGGGUUCAAUUACUUCCUAAGGUUCACAAGGGGCCCAUGGGAGAAGAGCAGGACAUGCCAGUUGUGGAGGAAGGAAACAGAAAAGUGAAAGGAGGACUGGGCGAACAAUGGCGACCAAAGUACCGAAAUCGACAACUAGAGAGCCCUGCACUUGAAGAGGAAUACCGCUAGUAGUCUGAGGCAUGGGUAAUUCCCUUGACGAACAUUUUAGUUGCUAUAAUGGAAGAGCAACUGGUUAAGCCGACUCCAGAGAAGAUGAUGGAAGAAAAAUGGGUGAAGAUAGUGGGUUUGGAUUAUAGUAAAGAGGUGGCCCAAUAAGGAAAUUGCAAAAUUUCAUUUAAUCAAACCCAAGACGUAAUGGGCCUAUAUGGAGUAAGGAUAAAUGGCCCAACUACUAUUUACACCCAUAAAAACCAAUUGAUUUCUCUAGAUUCAAGCACUAAUCUGCUGCAACUAGGAAACUGACUUUACCACCAGUGGAGGGAGAAGAAUACAAAUGAGCAUCACACUGAAAAGGCACCCAGAUUUCUGGAAGUGUUUCGGAGAUUUUGAAAACACUGUUGUAGAUCCCAUUGCCCUGAAGACAAUGAAAGUGAAAAAACGAAUGGACCAGCUAGGAGUCGUGAUGUCCAUUUGUCUAAUUGGUUAUGGGAUCUUAAUGGGUACUAUACUCGUAGUUUUUAGAACGGGCGAGAUGAACAUAUCAGUGAGAGAAACAUUGGAUGAGUUGAUGACUCGAUGGGAGAACCAUGGACGUGAAGAUGAAGGAUUGGCAGUAGCAACACCGGAGCAAUCCAUUAAUUCCGUAGACAGAAAAAAUCAUGAUUUAAACAGACUACAGGGAGGAGAAUCGAAGAAAUGGCUGCUAGAUAAAUUUUCCCCCUCUCUAGGGACGGUCAAAGAUAAAAUACCCAAGAACCAAUCCCAGGUUCUAGAAUUGCCACUGAGGAAGUAUUUGGACUCCAAAAUUGGUAAAUGAAGACAUGGGGAUGGUUAAGCGAAUUGGGCUAACCCGAACUUGGGAGCAAUUCCGGCGACAAUUGUUUCUUCAUUCCCGUCAAACUCAAGAGGGAAGUCUGUACGGAAAGUUUAUGGAUAUACGACAAACAAGUUACAUGGAUGAGUUCUGGAGAUAUUUUGAAGCUACACUAGUAGUGGGUAUUCGGGAAGAGGUCAUGGGAAGCAGAUUUAUUGGGCUGAGCUCUAAAAUGAAGGAGGCCAAACUAACUGAGGAUAGAAAUCAAAUAGCUGAAUUACCACCUGGAGAAGCUUUGAUGUGGUAUCAAUGUGAUAAACCCCCUGUGAAUUUCACCUAUCAGCAACGUCACAAGAAGGGCGUGUAGAGGAAGUUUGAGGGAAUAUUCUAGAAAUGUUAAAGUUGUUACAAGAGGUCAGUUGGUAUAUAUAAAUAGUGAAGGAUAGAUAGGGGAUAUUCAUUCAGAAAACUAGCAAUCUAAGUCCGAUAGGAGAGGAAGCAGCUCUCGAAACCUGCUUGUUAAUUUCUCUUCUCUUUCGAUCUUAGAGUCUGUAAUUCUCAGUUUUAAUAAAAGUUCCUAUUAAUUCCAUUAUUGUGUGAGUCGACUUAUCAGUUAAUCGAGCAUUAUUUCACCUGGGCAAUUCGGAUUCAGCAGGUUCUAUCAAAUUGGUAUCAGAGCGUGUGACAUUCUGGGAAGCGGAUGUCGACGACAAGGAUGGAUAAUCGAAUUGAAAUGCUGGAAAACGCAGUGGCUCAGAUUCAACCCUUGGGUACCUCGGUAAUCGCAUUGAAAGGGGACUUGGAACAUUUAAAUGCGAGAUUGGGGAUGGAGUUGAGCAAAAUGAAUGAGAGGUUGAAGGUCAGUCUCGCCUUGGGAAGGAAGGAGCUGAACGAAGGCCUUCAAGCAAUAGCGAAGAUGUUCAAGGGAGCAUCCCCAGAAUCCUUUGUGAUGACAGGGGAAGGAAGUAGAAUGAAAUCCACCGGUCUUAGGGAGGAAGUUAUGGAAUUAGAAGUUACAUUACCCGAGAAGGAGGUUGCUCCAGCGGCUGAAGGAACUUACUGUAAACUAGAGCUACCCCUAUUUAAUGGGGUUGACCCGGACUCAUGGAUAUUCAGAGCUGAAAGGUACUUUGGCAUGAACAAGUUGACUGAUGCUGAACGUGCGGUGGCAGCUGGGAUAUGCAUGGAAGGAAGUGCUUUGUCUUGGUUUCAGUGGGAAGAUGGGAGGCGUCCCAUUCGAAGCUGGGUAGAACUAAAACAGAGGUUAUUGGAGAGAUUUCGAGAUACCCAAUAUGGGACUCUACAUCAGUGAUUUCUGGCGAUCAGACAGACCGGGACAGUGGCCGAAUAUCGAGAAAAAUUUGAGGUAAUGUCGGCACCCUUGAAGAAUGUAAACGAGGAGACCUUAGAGGGGGUCUUCAUAAAUGGGCUGGAAGAAGAAGUGCAGGCAGAGGUAUUGAUGGCAAAGCCGGUGGGACUUUCACAGAUCAUGGAUAUGGCACAGAGGGUGGAGGAUAGGAAUAAUCGAAUUAACAAAGCAAAGGACAAGGAACGACCGAGAAACAAGGGGGUGAUUAUUCCAAACACAGCAAGGGUUGAGCAACGGACUGUACCUUGGCAUCUAAACAAGGGACUGGAAGGGCAGGAAAAAAGGGGCAACCCUUUAGCAAACACCACUAUGGGGUUUAGAAAAUUGUCACGGGCUGAGAUUCAAACAAAGAAGGAAAAAGGAUUAUGUUUCCGAUGCGAUGAGAAAUUCCAACCGGGGCACAAAUGUCGCAACAAGGAGUUUCAGGUGUUGCUGGUUGACGAGGAAGAGGAGAGGGAAUUGGAGCGGCUAGAAGAGAUCAUAGAUUGUAGUGAAUUGGAAGGGGUUGAGCUAUCAAUGAACUCUGUCGUCGGGUUAACAUCACCCAAGACCAUGAAGGUUAAGGGUAAAGUGGAAGGGGAGGACGUAGUAGUGCUAAUUGACUCCGGGGCAACGCACAAUUUUAUUUCCUGGGAAUUAAUCAGGAAGCUCAACCUGCCAAUAACGGAGACCAAUGGAUACCAGGUGCAAGUGGGCACCGGUAUAGCUGUUAAGGGAAAGGGAAAAUGUCAAGGAGUGGUUUUUUAUAUGCAAUUCGUGCUGGUGGUAGAAGAUUAUUUGCCCAUAGAGCUGGGCAGCUCCGACAUGAUUUUGGGAAUGCAGUGGCUUAGUACUUUAGGCACGGUUCAGGUUAACUGGAAGUUGUUGGAGAUGAAAAUACCUAUGGGGGGUAACGCGGUUACCUUAAAAGGAGAAGAAGGGCCAAGUAAAUCCCUGGUUUCGUUAAAAUCCAUGAUCAAAACUCUGCAACAGGAAGGAGAGGGAAUGGUAGUGGAGUUGUGUUCAGUGCAAGUAGAUGGACAACACUCUAAGGUAGAUAUUCCACAGCCAAUUCAGGAGUUGAUUACAGAAAUACAGCGCCAUUUUUGAGUCACCAACAGGUUUACCGCCCUUGCGAGGUUAUGAACAUGCUAUUACGUUAAGGGCAGAAAGUGAACCUAUCAGUGUUCGACCCGACAGAUAUCCCCACGCACAGAAGGCAGAGAUUGA